AAUGUCGCCCAGCGGCUGCGGUUGCUGAGUCUGCACGGGGCAGGACGCUGGCGGGAGGCGGCAGGUUAUGUCAGUUUACCGUUGAGGCUCCCGGAGAGAGCACACUGAGAGUGGUUCGUGCGAAGUUGUUAGAGAGGUGGCCGUAGGAGGAUUUCUGUGUUUUUAAUAAAUAUUAUGUGCUGAAAUAAAUAAAAAAUAAGACACUGAGGGGCCAAGGGAGAGUGUUUAACACAGUUUUUUUUUCGGAGAAGCAAUUGAACAGCCUGAUGGAUUGGUAUUUACUUGAACAUCGAAAUCGCCAUCAUCGUGAGCCCGGCCAGUGACUUGGUUCGAGAAAUGGAUUUCUGUUUACGUCCCACCAUGAGUCAUUAACCCACCUGUCAUCAGACAUGCCCAAUUUUUCACUUAGUUAAUGGCUGACUUAAUCUCCCACUGAUUAUGCUGUCCAGCUCUCUCUGUUCUUCACUCAAUUCCAUCAUGUUCUACGAAAGGGUAGAAGAAAUGGCGCUGACCUUAAGGAAGCAGCCAGGUAAGACCCUGCUUGUGAUAUUGGCUGGAACAUCACUUGUACUACUGUUCUUCAAUCAGUCUGACCUGAGGGCAUCCUUCACUCAUCCUGCACAUCUGCAGUCAUCAGUUUAUUCACACAGACGCAUCCAUGUAGGUUUUUCCGAGGACUACAGCAACCCAGAAUACACAGCUCCUGGGGAGACGGGAGGAGAAACCGGAGGGAAGACUGCGAAAGACAGGUCCGGGGGCCCCAUCGCGCCCUUAGCAGCACCGAAUGGGGCCCCAUUUUCUGACGCCAAAUCUAUUCAAGCCAACGAUGAGGAAGGAGCAGCAGAAGAAAAAGAGGGAGCUGACACUCCAGAAGAAAAAGACCCCGAAAUCUACGAGGACCCGCCCGUUGCAGCUAAUCAAGAUUCGCUUCCUUCCUCAGCGAUCGCCGUCGAACAGACCGAUGGUGGAAACGAAGAAGAAGAAGAAGAAGCAGCAGCUGGCAAAGAUCUUUCAGGGAACGAGAGAACGAAAACGACAGAAUCUGAUGCUUCAGGAAACAGAGAUGUUGAGAACGCCGAAGAGUAUGGUGCUGAUUACGAGUUAUACCCAGUCAGGCUCAUUAGGCCAGCCACCAAGCAGGGCUUCAUCGACUCCAUCAUUGAAAAGCAGAGAAAAGUACUGCAGGAAGCUAUGGAAGGAUACACAUUCCAUAGGAAACUGAAGGCAAAGAAAUUGGAAGACUUAGUCUUGGAAAAAGGAGGGCGACCUGUCCGCAGUCUAGUUGUAACGUCCUGGAGAUCUGGAUCUACUUUCAUUGGCGACGUUCUCCAGAGUCAUCCUGCAACUUACUACCAUUACGAGCCCCUUCUAGAUUUUGGAAUCCAGCAAGUGCGGUACGGAGAGUUGGCCCAGGAGGCGGUUCAUAACCUCAGGCACCUCCUCACUUGCAAUUAUUCUGAACUAAAUCAUUACCUCGAUUAUGGACCUGAGCAUCCUUGGCUCUUCAUCCAUAACUCUAGGCUUUGGAAUUACUGCACCUCCUUUCCACAGCUGUGCUGGGAUCCAGAUUUCCUCUCUCCUUUUUGUAGCCUCUUUCCGUUCCAGUCAAUGAAGACUGUUAGACUCAGGCUGAACCUCACUAGAGAAUUCCUCGAAGACAAAACGUUAGGUGUGCAGGUUCUUCUCUUGGUCAGAGACCCAAGAGGCACGAUGCAGUCGAGACACCACCGCGAUUGGUGCCCAGGAAAUCCUGACUGCGAUGACCCAGCCAAACUCUGUCAAGAUCUCGUCAGUGACUACAACACUGCCAUUGACUUCAGACGGAAGUUUCCAUCUUCUUUCAGGGUUGUCCGCUACGAGGACCUGUCAUUCGAUGCGUACAACAUGACGAAAGAGCUCUUUGACUUCUUCCAUCUCAGUUAUCACGCAAGGGUGCAAGAAUUUCUUGACACUCACACAAAGGAAAAAAUCGGAGGAGUCUCGAGCACCUUCAGAAAUUCCAAAACAGCUCCUGUACACUGGCAGCAAGAUCUCAGCUGGGAAGAAGUCGAGGCCAUGCAGAAGGUCUGCAGCAAAGCUUUGAGGCUGUGGGGUUACGAAAUAGCAAAAGACGAAAACCAUCUCAGGACCUUUAAACCAGUUGGUCUUUUCAAGUUUCGUUAAAAAAAGUACUUCCGGUAUGACAGAAUAGAAUGAGAAUUGGAAAAAGGAUAAAAUUCCCAUGUUUUAAAGUGCUAAAUUGAAAAUAUUUGACACUUAUUCCUUCUGUCAAGUGUUGUCUUUUGUAAGAAAAUGCGAUUUUGUUAUAUGAUUUUAUGUUAUUGUGUUCUGUGAUGAAUUUCUAAGCAUCGUUUUUGCAAAGCGGAUUUAAUCAAAUAUCUGUCCAAGCUUUUUCUGGCAUUGUAACAGCUGUUAGUGACUUCAGUCAUUUUAUAAAUGGCGAGUUUUAGAAAUUAGAAGUGUCUAUGAAAAUAGAAUCUGUAGUAAUGUAGAAGUGAAACCAUCUGUAGCAAAGGUCGAAAUCCUUACUAAGAACAGGAUGCCAAAAAAGGAUACUAACACUAAACUAAAAUAGCGUAAUGUACUCUUAUCUAACUGACUGCAGUUGAUAACCCAGGACACACUAUGGACACUGAUUAUUAUAGAGAAACCAGUCUCCUAAAUUUGUUAUCAUUUGGAGACACUGUUGAAGGAAAUAUGAAUAAUGAACAUUGAGGCUCGAUUCAUGUUUCUCUUUCGUCACUGUAAAAUGCUGCACAUUCUGUGGGUGAUGGCAUAGUGCUGAAGCCCUAAGGGUUUCAUAUCAGUCGGGCAACCUGCAGAGUAAAAGCAGCCUCAGCUUGCAAAGAGACUUACAGCAUCCGCAGGCGGUGCCUGGAAGUUGGUGCUUAGUGAGAGUCAUUUUAGUCUGUUUGUGACAAAGUGUUUAUGUGAUAUAAGUUAGAUAGUGCUUAGUUAGGUGGUUGUGAAUUAUUUUUUGUUGUACUAUAGCUGUGAGUAUGUUUAUUAAUACAGACAUGUAAAUAGCGCCCUUGGGACUAGUUAUCUUGACUAGUUUCAAGAAAUGUGAAAAGGGAAGGAUUUAAAUGAUCUGCUAUGCCAGUACUACAGUCUCUGCCACUUUUUCGUUAACUACUGUUUAACCACUGAUGAAAAUCUGUGCCAAAAACUUCCUGAGCAUUAACCACCCCAGUACCUUCCCGGAA